CAGGAUGAAAAGCUUGAUGAACCGGAUUUCCCUAAACUCGGCAAAUGUUGCUCGAUACUUCUUAUUAUUGCACUUGCUUUCCUUAUGGCAGUGAGUAAUACGGACAACAUCAUUUAUAAAUCUGUCCGUCCCUACAUAGAAGAGGAAUUCGAAAUAACGGACUUUUAUUCGUCAGUUAUAACUCUAAUGUUUGUUGGCAGCUGUGCAACCAUGGCCCCGAUAUUAUUUUAUUUCUGGAGUACCUUCACCGGACUAAGAGUAAUAUCAGGAGUUGUCGCCGUAAUGGUCAUGUUCGGCAUUGGCAGUACUUUAGUUUCAGAGAAGUCAUUCUGGACGUUUGUGUUACUUCGAAGUCUCAUGGAAUCCGUAAAAAGCCAUUAUUUAGCUGCUGCUCCAAUGCUGGUAGCAGAACUUUUUGAUACUGACCAACGACGUAAAAUGCUGACCUUACUUUACAUUCUCAACACUAUUGGAACUUUUGCGGGGACCUUUAUUGGAACGUAUGUAGCCAGCGUAAUAGGAACCGACUGGCGUAUGGCACUGCGGGUAAGAAAAAUAUAUAUGGAGGUAUUAAAGGCUGGGGUGCUAUUAUAUAUAUACCAGUAUAAAAUCAUAUCAUUACCUUGCAAACAUGAAGGGGCAUACUUCUCAAACUUUAAUAUAGAACUCGCCACAGGUCCUGGAGACGAUUCCAUUCUCGGUAUUUACUUGUAAGAGAUUUUUUGAGGUAAAGUGAGUAAACUCUCACUUACACCCUAUAAUAAAUAUGCUUAAAAAUGCACAGGAAUGAAGAGACAGUGGCAACAUUUCACUCUGUUAAUCUGCUGGGGGCUUUAUUUCACAUUUUGAGAAAUAUAUUCUCUAUUCUCAUAUGCUGGG